AUGUCAUUCAACUUUGUAAAAGAGGCGGGGAAGUUUCUCUGCAUUGGCAGAAACUACGUGGCUCAUAUCAAAGAGCUAAACAACAGAACACCCUCCCAGCCCUUCUUCUUUCUGAAACCAUCGUCAUCUGUGCUGCUUCCAAAGGACGGCCCCAUUCUGGUACCUAAGGGGGUUGUGGUUCACCAUGAGGUAGAAUUGGCUGUCGUACUCAACAAACAGUUGAAGAAUCUGGACCCUGAAACAUUUACCGCCGAGGAUGCGCUCGAUGCAAUUGCAGGUUACUCGUUGGCGAUUGACUUGACAGCCCGAAACGUUCAGGAUGAAGCCAAAAAGAAAGGUUUGCCUUGGUCAAUUGGGAAAGGAUUUGACACUUUCUUGCCCCUUUCUCCCUUCAUUUCCAAAUCUCAAAUCCCUGAUCCUUAUAAUGUUCAAUUGCACUUGAAAGUCAACGGAGAAACUCGUCAAGAUGACCUGACCAAUUUGAUGAUAUUCCCAGUUCAUCAAAUCUUCGCUACCAUGAGCUCAAUCAUGACCCUUGAAAAAGGCGAUGUGAUUCUAACAGGAACUCCAAAGGGUGUGGGGAAGCUCGUUCCUGGUGACCAUGUCGAAGCUUUUAUUUCUGUUGAUGGGAAGGUAAUUCCAGAAUCCGUUAUCGACGUCGAGGUGGACCAGAAACCUGGACCAUAUGAGUACAAAGAAACCUAA